UGGAAACGUCUUGAUUCGACCGUCUUUUGGCCCCCUUCCGGCAGUUAUCUCUGAUUUGGCUCUAUCCAGAUCUAUUAAUUCUUCGGUCGACCAGAAAAAUGGAAGUUACGGAGUAAUCCCUUUUAUGGCUCCAGAACUAUUUCAAGGAGGACAACAUUCCAAGGCUACUGACGUAUACGCUGUUGGAAUUAUCAUGUGGGAGCUCUGGACAGGUGAACAACCCUUCAGUGAAUAUGAUCAUGACCGCCUUCUCUGUUGUAAAAUUGUCCAGGGAUUACGUCCACCUGUUGACAAAGGAAUACCGGAUUUCUGGGCAAAACUCAUGCAAAGGUGUUGGGACGGGGAUCCUGCAAAACGUCCGAGUGCAGGUGAAAUCGAUUACGAGGUAUUAUUUGGUUGGAAAGAUUUCCAUGAUGUAGGACUUGCACCAGAAAUUCAGGCACAAGCAGAUGCUGCAAGGCAAUAUAGGGCAAACCAUCCACAACCGACUAAGGAAAAACACCAGG